GGUAAUUUUUGAUGUUUCUUUUUUUUUUUGUGCACAGGUAAUUUGCAGCCAUUAAAAGACUAGCUAGUUGUCUAAACAAUAAGAAAUUGAAGAUAUUUGAAACGGAUCCUUUUGAUUAUGAAAGUAUUAUCAACACUUUGAAAGAUUGUUCUGCUUUGUUCUACACUUUCGAAACUCCUCAAGAACAACCCAUCUUUGAUGACAUGGAUUUGCUAGAAUCAUGGGAUGUUAUUGACGGGAGAUCACAGAUUGAACAAAAGAGGAUGUCUGUGAUACGCGAUGGUGAAUUGGUACAGGAGUUUAUGGAUGAAAUUGAGGUUAGAGCUGCUCAUAACGUAUUAGAAGCUUGUGCCCAGACAGAUACGAUGGAGAAGGUUAUAUUCACAUCAUCUGUAACAGCAGUUAUUUGGGGAGAAGACCAUAAAUCCACCACCGCCGACAAAGAACUCUCUGAAAGGAAUUGGAGUGAUGUCAAGCCGGGUAACCCGUGAACCCGCAAGCUUUACCCGUUACGGGCGCGGGUUGAAGAAAUGACCACCCGUGAAGAAUAUCGACCCGCAGGUUUUGACCCGUGUUAACCCGAACCCGUGUAACCCGUAACAAGCCAGCCCCGACCCGCCCGUUUGCCAGCUCUACUUCAGAGAGAAAUGAAAGCCAGCGGAGGAAGAAAAAAAU